CCGAACGAGCUCGUCGCAGCAUCCGUUCUUGGUUUCGCGCUCAGUCGGCUGCCGGAGCUCGUGCGGCGUACUUCUUUGUUCUUCUUAAAUAAUGUAAGUAAAAAAAAAAAAAAGGCGAAUAAAAAUUUGAGGACGUCUGGCAUCACUUCGAUUCAACCGACGCGUUUCGAAAUCUCAUCCGAUCGAACGUGCCCGGAAAGAAAGAAAAGGAACGCUAUUCUUUACGUCUUUACGGUAAAUGGUGAUACGCAUGGAAAGCAGAUCGAGAUAUGCUUCUCGUCUCCGACAUAUUUGAGCUUGGCACACUGGAGGAAUCGAGUGUCAAAGAUGACGAGGCUCGGAGUGAUGCUGGUUGUUGUGGAAGCCAUUCUGAUGACUACAUUCUUUAUCAGUUCAACGGCUGAACUUUAUACAGCAUUGGCAGAUAUGGAAGAACUUUUGGAAACCGAAUCGGUUCUUAUAGACACUCUCAAUGGAUACAUAAAAGCUCAGGAGCAACGAUUGGCUACUCUAAGAAAGAACGUAGAGGAUUACAUGAGGGAACACGAGGAGGCUUCAAGAAAUAUACAGCAAUAUUUGUCCAAUCCGAUAAAUGCUUAUCUGUUGGUCAAGAGAUUAACCACAGAUUGGAAAAGGGUUGAAGAACUUAUAACCGAAGACGUUGGCAAGUCAUUCGUAGCGAACAUCACGAAUUCAAGGAGCGACCUUAAGUUUCCAACGGACGAGGACCUCAAUGGAGCUGCAGUUGCUCUUAUGAGAUUACAGGAUACCUACAAACUAGAGACCGCACAAGUAGCCAGAGGUGUUCUAAAUGGGGUACAAUAUAGCACCGGUUUAAGUGCAAGCGACUGUUUCGAACUAGGACGACAAUCUUACCAUAAUAGAGAUUACUAUCACACCGUGUUAUGGAUGCAAGAAGCUAUGGACCGUCUGCAAGAAGAACAGAACACAACGACAACUUCCAAACCGGAUAUUCUUGAGUAUUUGGCUUUCUCCACGUAUAUGCAGGGUAAUGUUGCACGUGCUCUGAGUAUGACGAAUGAGCUUUUGGAAUUAGUACCAACCCAUGAACGAGCGCUUGGUAAUCGAGCUUAUUAUCAAAAGGAAAUUCAAAGUAAAGCGAAUCUUAUGAAAAAGAAACGCGGAGAGGAUGGACAGGACGAUACAGCAAUACCUGAACAGCAUUUUACUGUCACCGAGGAAAAAGUAAAAACUUGGGAAGAGAUGACAGAGAGGGAAAGAUAUGAGAUGCUCUGCCGUGGUGAAGUUUCAAUUCCACCGAAAAUACAGAAGGAUCUAAAGUGUCGUUACGUCGAUCGUGGAAUUCCUUUCUUGAAAAUAGCCCCACUCAAGGAGGAAGAAGCUUAUCUUGAUCCUAGGAUCGUCGUUUAUCAUAACGUCAUUUAUGAUGAAGAGAUCGAAACGAUCAAAAGAAUGGCUCAACCUAGGUUUAAACGUGCCACCGUUCAAAAUUACAAAACCGGUGCACUUGAAAUUGCCAAUUACAGAAUCAGCAAAAGUGCAUGGCUUCAGGAACAUGAACACAAACACGUAGCAGCUGUGAGCAAACGUGUUGAGCACAUGACCAGUAUGACCGUUGACACUGCAGAAGAGUUACAAGUUGUAAAUUACGGUAUCGGUGGUCACUACGAGCCUCAUUUCGAUUUUGCAAGGAAAGAAGAAACAAAUGCUUUCAAGAGUUUAGGAACUGGAAAUCGUAUUGCCACCGUUCUAUAUUACAUGAGCGAUGUAGAGCAAGGUGGUGGUACCGUAUUUACUGCCAUUAACAUAUCUCUUUGGCCUAGAAAGGGUAGCGCUGCUUUUUGGUACAAUUUGAAACCAAACGGCGAGGGUGAUUUUAAAACGAGACACGCAGCCUGUCCAGUACUUACGGGAUCUAAAUGGGUCGCUAACAAGUGGCUUCAUGAAAGAGGACAAGAACUUCUUAGGCCUUGCACGUUAGAAAAUCAAUCUGCAGAUGAGGCUGACGUUAGACAUUGAACAAAAUUCAUAAGCCUGCGACUACAUUGAUUCGUUAAGUAUCAAAUCGAAUCGAAUAAAAUAUUUUCGUUCGAAGUUAUAACGAAGAUAAAAGAGACGAGCAGUCUAGUCGCAGUUCGCUUUUGAUUCGAUCUUAUACUAAAGUUACGAAAUAACACGUGGCUAUUAUUAAAAAGCGAGAAUUCAUUUUGCGAAGAAUUCAUAAUCUCGAAAAGAUAAAUACAUUGGGAAAUAUCAUAAUAUUAUAUCGAUAAUAUAUGGUAAAUGAAAAAAUUCAUUCCUCUCAUUUUCGAUAACUUUCUUUUUAUGAUUGCGAAUAACUUAUUAAUAGUUAUUUAAAUAGACAUUGAUUAAUGAAGUUUAACUAAAUAAUACGAACAUUUGUCUGCCCAUUCGUUUUAUUUAUUACAAAGGUAAUAACACAUUUUUUACCUGGAUUUAUUAUUUAAUUAUUAACAUUCCCAUCAUGUAGUGAACAUUUUCAUGGAAAGGAUGCAUUUAUUAUUUGUUUUCUCUUUUUUUUUCAUUUCAUUAUAAAGAUUUACGAAAAAACAAAUGUAAUAAUUAUUAACCAAUGAGUUUUUAACAUGGCAGAGAGUAUAUGAUUUUAUGAAAAAUGGACUAUCCUCGUCACAUAUUUAAAGAUAUUUUCGUGCUCCAAUGUUUCCUAAGUGUUUGCUCAAUUUUUGUAAAUAUUAUACGAUAAGGAUAUAUUUUAUAGUUUAAGACUUACAUACAUUUGGCCGGAUCUUUGCGUUUAACCCUUUGCGGAAAAAAAGAAACAAUUUAUAACUUAGCGAUAUAUGAUGGUAUUCUUUCAAAAAAGAACGUAGAUAUUUAUAAUUUAUGCUUAUGUCAAAACUAUAGGUAUUAAAGAUUUAAUAAACACAUAUUACGUAUAUAUAUAUAUAUAUAUAUAUGAACGUAUUGAUCAUGUCGUCGAUUUUUUCUGUCGAAUUAUAUGUACGUUAAUUAUUUAGAUUAAACUUAUAGGUAUAUGUAUAUGGAAUCGAUCGUCCGCAUAGGAUUAAACGAAUUGUAUACGAAUUGCUUGUAAAUGAACGAAACGAAAACGGCGAGUAUAUAAGAUAACACAUGAUUGUUCCUUUCCUUUUUUUUUGUUUUCUUUUUUUUUCCACGGUAAUAUCGAGCUUUAGGAAAUAAGACGAAUGUCGUUCAUGAAGUCUCUCAAUCGAAUAAGAGAUAUACUCUGCUCAAUUAUAGAAUAUUUACGUAAACUCAAACGUACCAUUAGCUCCAAUCACUUAUUUCUAUAUUCCACUCUCAAAGUUUUUGAUUUCUUAAUUAAACGAAUUUUAUUUCCAUAAAUCAUGUGUAUACGUAAGUAUAUGCAUAUAUGUAGACAAAAAUGAUUUGUAGAAACUGUAUGAUGCAGUAACGAUACGAGAUAAAGGAUAAUUAAGAGAGAAUAAUUAUAAUUUGAGAAUGCGAUCGUCAUAUUGUAAACGUGAUUUCUUUUGGGAUCAUUAAAAAAAAAAAAAAAAAAAAAAAAAGAAAGAAAAAGAAAUUUAAUCUUUUCAAUAAAAUAAAAUUACUUUGACGUAUAUCGAUAAUUAAUAUGACAAGAUCGAUGAAAUGAGUGAAAAAGAUUUAUUUCACAUUUACAUACACAUGAUAGUACACAAAUGUUCGGAAUAAUUUUAUAAAAAUGACGUUCACAACAUUAAAAAUAGUUACAUCAGAUCGUGUAACAAGUCAAAGGUCUUAAAAGUCAGACAUAUUCAGUUUCAAAUCUUAAAAAAUUUACAUAAGUAAUUCUUUUCUUUCUUUUCUUUUUUUCUUUUUUACGCGUAUACAAUAUUUAACAAUUGAAGAAGCAUUCAUAGAGUUUAUAAAAAUCUCAUCGCAUUCUCGUUCGACCGAGAGGCGCACUCGCGCGUUGUUAAAAUGCGUUGUUAUCGCACAGGAUUAUUGUUAGCCUGACAAAAGGCCGAAGUAAUUUAUCCUGCAAGCGAGUUUUUCUCGUACGCGUUACGAAAUAAAGCGGAUCUGCGUGUAAUUCCCGUGCGUAAAACGAUCGAGCGAACGAUCCGAUCGUUUUAAUUAAAGUUCAACGAAAAAUAUAAUAAAUAAGGGGAAAUUAUAAAACUGACGAAUAA